CUUUGUCUGUCUCUAGCCAACUUGACACCCCUCCAAAGAUAAAAGCUCAUCAGCUGAUAAGAAUAAGAUUAUCUACAAAUACCAAGCUCAAUUGCUUUACUAAUUGUUGGGUUUUGGCUUGCAGGGAGUAGAGGACCAUAUAUCUGAUUAAAAAGUCUAGAAUCCUGUCAGAGAAAACGGUCCCCCAGUUCCCACAAAACAUCAACUUUACCGUUUCUUUUCUUGCUUUUCUCCUUAUCUUUGAGACAAAGAAGAUGCUCUUUCAAUAUCUUUUUCUAUAGUUGGAAUCUUUACAACAUUUCUCUGAACUCAAAAGAAACCACCACAUUUCUGUCUCUGCAAUCCAUUCAAACAUAAAAGAGAAACAGAAAUCCCUUCACUACUUCAAAACCCAUCAAAAAUCUUUGCCCGUUAGCGGUUAAAGAAAAGAAAAAGGGCAACUCUUUCAACUGUAGCAGAGAUAGAGAUGGUGAAUAUGCAUCGUCGUCUGCUCGAUACAGAGCUAAGCUUGGCACCGGCAAAUGGGAACAGAGCAGGUGAUUCCUACAUUAAGGAAACAAAUUUCGACACAAACAUGGUGAUCAUAUUGGCUGUCUUGUUGUGUGCGCUGAUUGGUGCGCUUGGAUUGAACUCUAUUCUGCGUUGCGCUUUGCGUUGUAGCCGUAGGUUUACUCUCGAGACACCAGAGCAAGCUGCAGCUCGUUUGGCCGCCACAGGGCUCAAGAAACGCCAUUUGCGCCAGAUUCCAGUGGCGGUUUACGGCACUGAAGUGAAUAUCCCGGCAACGGAGUGCCCAAUUUGCUUAGGGGAGUUUGCUGAUGGAGAAAAAGUUCGGGUGCUUCCUAAAUGCAAUCAUAGGUUCCAUGUGAGGUGCAUAGACACAUGGCUUGUGUCACACUCCUCAUGCCCCAACUGCCGACUUUCAUUACUUGAACACACGGCGGCUGGUUCAGGUGCAGCUAGGCCACAGCCGGAGAAUGAUGACCGACGGCAAGCUAGUGUUGCUGUUGUUGUUGAAGGGCCAAGUUGAUGAAAUACUGCAACAACGCAGAGGAAGUCCUAAUUGAGUUUUCUGUUUUAGAUGAUGACUAAGUUGUAUAAUGAUAAAAAGAUUUAUAGGCCAAAUUGCAAAUUCAGAAAAGUUUUAGAUUAUCACUUUAAAAAACGGAAAUGGGAGCAGAUUUUUUUUUUACCAAAAAAAGCAAUAAUAUCAAUAAAAUAAAUUUCAUAUUAUCUUAUAUCAUAAGGAUGAAUCAUAAAUUUUUGCCAUUAAUAAUAUUAAUUAUGGACUCCAUCACAUAAUUGAAUGAAAUUUUUUUUUUAUAAAAUAAGUUAUAAUUUAAUCUAAGAAUGGGAUAUUUAAAGUAAAAAAAAAAAUGAAAUUUUAAUUAGUGAUGACAAGGGAGGGGUCAUGUCAUAUUAAUUUUCGGAUUGGACCAUCCACGGAAGACCUUAUCUAUUAAUUAAAUUGUGAAGUGUCCUUAAGGCAUAGAUGGACCAAUUGGAAAUGGUGGCAAUGAAUUUUGGAACAUACUUGAUUCCGACUUGAAAGAGAAGAAUUGAAACAUUUUUGUUUAGGUGAUUGAAUCCUUCCUUCGAGAGCCUGCUAAACCCACCACUCUUAAGAAUCAGUAAGUCACCCACCCACCCUUUUUAAUGCACACACCUAACUCUUCAUUUGUAAACCUAUGGCCUUUGAUCUGUUGGCUUCAUCUAGUUUGAGGUUACUUCUUUCUAUGUCCUUGCUUGGAGUUGGGCAGUUUGAAUAGAAUUCAAUUCAUCCAUUCAAUUCAAUUCAAUCUGAUUAGUUUGAAUCUUAUUAAAAUCUGUUACCGAGAAAAGUAAAUGUCAAUAAUAAAAUUAAAUUGGCUUUAAUGAUUUUAAAGGAAAAAAAAAAAAAAAAGAAUCAAUCUUAUAAAUUAAUGUGAUUAUUGCUGCUUUACCUUUUGACUUUUGUCACUUCCUUCUCUUUUUCUCAACAAAACCCUAAGUUAUUAACCCCAAAAUCCCAUCACACGCUGCUUCAACGGCCAGUGGGUACCCAUAUUUUUCUGGAUACAAUGCAAGCAGGAAAAGGAAAGCAGCUACCAUGGAAAAUCAACAUUAAUGCCAGAGCUAGCAAAUUCCAUUUCAAAUUCAAAGCAACAAAAAUUGAUCCAACUUCGAAAUUCUUCAAAUUCUCGCUCUUUCUCAGGCUCCACGCUUUUCUUCUCCAAGUGAAAACUGAUUCAACUCCCAGGCAACCACCUACCACCCUGAAAUCUAAGUUCCUCAAAUUUUUCCGAAAAUUCAAUACUUCAUCAGCUAAGAAAAGGGCAAUUGCUCCAGAGAAAACCUCAAUUCUCCAAAACCCAGAAAGCAAAGUUCCUGCAGAUCCACCGACAAGGUCCUCAAAUGAGGAGCCAAUUUGUAUCGGAUCAUUGUUCUUUGGAAGUCUUGCGUUGUUAUCAAAAUCAAUCUCUGAGAAGGAUGAAAAGGGAAUAACCAUUCAUGGUUUGUUUAUCAUGUCAUUUCUGGCUUUAUUUUUCAAGAAAUAUGUAACUGGAAAGGCCAAGACUUUGCCGCUGUUCUUGACAAUUGUACUGGUGAUUUGUGCUGUGAAGCUCCCUUUCGACAAGUAUAUUUAUUACAGGAGUAAAGAUUAUGUCUUCCAAGUUGUUUGGAAGGCAUGGAACUAUGCUGCCUCUUCUGGGUGCUUGUAUGUGCUUUCCCAGGCAAUCUUCACAAGGUUUUGACAAUCUGUUGGUGUCAAUUUUGGAACCAUGUAAUUUGGGUUGCUAGAAAAUCUCAUUCGCCCAAUGAAUAGUAGGGGAUUACUGUGAAGACUUGUAUUGAUGAUGACUUUACUCGCAAAUAGAAAUGGAAUGUUGAUUCCUCAAUUAAAA